CGUUUAACAAUGAUUAUUGGACUGAUAUUUCCGCGCGCGGCGCUGAACGGAGACUUCGGGUCGAUGAAUUUUCGAGCGGUUCCGCGACAUGACUUACGCGUUGUUGAAAUAGUUUUAUUAGCAAUUCUAAAUAUUUUAACGAUAUGAUUGCGUGUUACGCGCGCGCGAAGGCUGCAAUUUGGGCGACUCGGUCUUGAUUCGUGCACAAAGACAUCGUCUUCGAGCGUGUAUAUGUAGGCUAUAAGUGUUUUUGGCGCGAUCUCCUAAAUUACGCUUAUACUUCAUGUAUCUCGAGAACGAGACUGGAAUAUUUAAGUCGUCUGCAGCUUAAAUUGAAAUUGCUAAGACGAUCGAUAUAUUUACAUGUGCAUCGAGAAUUUUAGUGAUAACCUUACGUUGUUAACCUCACGUGCAUUUUUCAAGCAAAUUAGGUUAAUUCGAUUUAACUUUGUUGGCUUAAUAGGAUUCAUACGUUUAGUACAUUUAUUCGUUAUUACGUAAUAGAAAAAUGUAAAAGGGUUCAUUCGGACAUUGAAACACAUUUGAAAAAUGAAAAUUUUUAGCAAAAGGAAGUUUUUGCUUUCUCUUGCACAAGAGUACAAUUACAUUUAUAAAAUAGUAUUAUAAUUUUAAAAAAUUGUAUAAUUAUCCGCUCUCGCUUUCGAUUGUAUUUUUUUUUAUCAAUACGAAUCGACGGGCAUAUCGACUGCGAGCGUGCGACCUUAUCGACUUCUCGAAUCUUUCUGCCCUGGCUGUGUUCAGCCGCUGAACUUCAGCUUUGACUGCGAUCUGUUUUGGAACGGUUUCUACCUCGAGUACUUUUUCCCGUCGUAAUUCCACAUUUUAUCGGCCGACAUCCGUGGCCGAGAGUUCCCUCGGCACCGAACGCCGCGAAGCGCCGUCAGGUUAUGUCAUCACGCGAGAGAUAGUCGGAAAACCGACGAUUCUAGGAUGAUGAACGAUCGGGAAGAGGUGGACCUGUAUCGGGACACGUACGUGAGAUACUUAGGUUAUGCCAACGAGGUCGGAGAAGCGUUUAGGAGCCUCGUGCCAAAGUCCAUCGUAUGGUUCAGCUAUGCGUUAUCGAGCGGAUAUGUACUCGCGGACACGGUGCACAAGGGCGUAAAGGUCUACCAGGUGGACGCUACACCACAGAGGACCAGAAAUGUUCUAUUGUCCACGUCGGACACUUUGAUAUGGCAGUCAUUCGCGUCGGUGAUCAUUCCCGGCUUUACCAUAAACAGGAUCUGCGCGGCGGUUCAGUUUGCCCAGAGGAAGAGCAUGAGAGCGGCCUGGAAGAAGCCUUGGAUCCCUACGCUUAUUGGUCUGGUGUCCAUUCCUUUCAUAAUACAUCCUAUAGACCACACCGUGGAGAAGGCAAUGGAUGUUAGUUACAGGAAGUGGACGGGAUACCAUCCAAAGGGGCCUCUAUGUGGUAUAAAACAUGAAUAACGAUAGUUAUUCAUGCUGGUAGUUGAAUUGAUUAUAGUAACCUGAGAGAGGUCGUGCUUAAGCGAGCUAUAUUACUAAAUGUAUUGAAGAAUUUAUUCAAUUUUGUACACAGAACAACUAAAAGUUCUCGUAUUAAUACCGAUGCAAGAAUAUAAUCAUAUUUUUUACGAUCUCUAUUGCCUAAGGACGAUUUAAUGAUCAAAUUAACGCCUGAAAGUUUCCUUAAAAUAAUUAAAAUUCUUUGUAAUGUGAUAUACAAGAUAAGGAUAGUAAAAUAUGUGAUGUAAAUUCUAUGAAAGAGUAACUUAAGGUGAAUUUAAAGCAAGUUGAGCUGAACUCAAUAUCCGUACCAAAAAUCGUUCCAAAGAAACAUUUACACGAUCUCUCCUGGUUUAGAAACGGUGCGGCACACGCGCGUAUUACUGCCUAAUAUAGUACAACGGAAUGCACUUAGAAGACUGCUGUUCAUUCCAAAAAUGUAAAAUAUUUUUGUUAUAAUGUACAUAUUAUGCAGCUGUAUGUGCAUUAAGAUUUUUAGGGCGACUGUUGAACUAUUGAAUAAAGCUAUUGAUUUAAUUCCCCAGU